AUGUCGGGUCUUGAAGCCUUGGCGGCCUUUUCGCUCGCUUGCAAUGUCAUGCAGGUCGUUGAGGCCGCCUACAAGACAGUCGGCACUUGCAAACGCAUCUACCAAACUGGACAGCCUGAUCCGGCACUCAGCGACUACAGCAGACAACUCCGCAGCAUUUCAGAUGCGUUAGAAACACAGCUUAAAAAGACCGUGGGCCCUCUAUCCGCGGAUGACACUCGACUUCGAGACUUGGCCGUCCGAUGCACAACCAUUGCCAAUGGACUGCAGGACCAAAUCGCAUCACUGUCAAAGCCAGCUGGGAAAGGAACCAUCGGCUCAAGUAUCCGACUCGCCAUCAAGAGCAGAUUGAAACAAAGCGACCUCAAUCGUUGGGAGAAGGACCUCGCAAAGGCCCAAUCUGCCAUGGAGACUCAGUUGCUUGUCAGCCUGCGGCAACGUGUAGACGCCAACAUGUUGCAGAAUGACAAAAUGGAUCGCGACCUCAAGUACUUCAUCCGCCAGCUGGCAGACGGCCAAACAAAUGUUUCAAACUUGAUUCUCAGACAGACUUGCGAAAUCAAGGACGAGAUUUUGGAGGCUGGGGCGUCGACAAGGACACACAUCACCACCGAAUUACUCCACACCGACAACCGCAUGCAGAACCACGUAUCCAAGGCCGUGAAUAACGUUCAAGGCGUUAUUGAGAGGCAUACGCAAGAGGAUAGUGCUUCUCGCACCCAGGAAGAGGCGUAUCGGCAUCUUCUCAGCAGUCUCAAAUUCCCGGAAAUGGAGACCAGGCGGAACCAUGUCGCUCAUGCUUCUUCCGAGACGUUUCGCUGGAUUCUUGAUUCUCAAGACUCCCAGUGUGAAGAAGGUCCUAAAUCUCGGAAUUGGGACAGUUUGGUUGAGUGGCUUCAAUCAUCCCAACCCGUGUACUGGAUCAGUGGAAAGCCAGCAUCGGGGAAAAGUACCGUCAUGAAGUUCAUCUUGGGCCACAAACAGACGGGGCUGUUAUUGCGGCAAUGGCAAGACAAUGUCCGCAUACUUUCACAUUUCUUCUGGAAGCCAGGCACCGAGCUUCAGCAGAGCAUCAAAGGCCUCCUCUGUUCACUCCUGCAUCAAGUAUUCGUCCAAGACAAGUAUCAGGCGUUAUCAUACCUCAAGGCACGGCAAGGAAUAUGCUGGAAAGAUUCACCGUCAGACUGGGAUCCAAAAGAGCUCCAAGCUUUGCUGAUCGACAGCUUCCAGCAUCCCUCGGCGGCUUUUUGCCUAUUCAUCGAUGGCCUUGAUGAGGUCUGGCCCGAAGACGGGGUCCAGAAUCUCUUUUCAGUACUUAAAACACUUCUUGAGAAAAGAAAUCGUCUCAAACUCUGUGUCUCGAGUAGACGGGAACAUCUGCUGGAAACCCGUCUCCACGAUUACCCUCAGCUACGAAUGAAUGAAUUGAUUCAGAACGACCUCAUGAAAUAUGCUACUCAGGCCUUAAGCGAGGCAUCAGCUCACGCAGACCUUGACAGCGGGGAUAUGGAACAUAUGAUCAACGAAAUUGUUCGGGCGUCUGAUGGUGUCUUUCUCUGGGUUGUCCUUGUGAGCAAGUCGUUAUCCAGAGGGCUGCAAAACGGCGACUCUCGCAAGGAGCUAUUUCAGCGACUCGACUCUCUCCCACGCGACCUCGAGGGCUUGUACCUGGACAUGUGGCUCAGGCAGAAUGGAGAUGACGAAAUCUAUCGCAAGUCAUCUGCAAAGUUGUUUUAUCUCUCCCUGGUCGGGUUGGGGUGGAAAGAGAAGCCGCCAUUUGGGCCAGAUUUACAAGUUUUUCAACUGAUGGACGCAAUGAAUGAUGAGAGCCCGGAAGAUCAUCUGAUACAUCAUCCUUAUCCACUUGAAGAAUUCGAAAAAAGAUACCAAACGACUGCCAAGAUGAUUCAGAUCAGGAGUGCUGGUCUUCUAGAGGUACACAAAAAGCCCCGAUAUUACCGCCCGUUUUCCAACUCGGUUUCUAGAGACACUGUUGGGUUCAUUCAUCGAUCCGCCCAGGACUUUCUCAUUGAAACCCAGCAGGGGCGAGCUGUGUGGGCAGACCAUGGGAUGACUUAUGACAUAGCUUGCACCAAGCUUUAUCUAUCACGGAUGGCAACUCACUUUUAUGACGUGGUCGAGCCAUCUAAAGUACUUUUCUGGAGACUCUGUUCCAUGCUCCGUCUGCUUGCAGGACAUUGCCACCUCCUCGAGUCCGGUACCAUACGUCACUGCCUUCAGGAGACGGCCAAACUGUGGCCCCGCUUCAACACAUCUGCAGUUGAGCGGGAUCAGACUAUUCGCGGUCGCCGUGACAUGUUGGUGGAGGCGAGCCGUUGCGGGUUUUCUGACUACGUGUCCGAGCAGCUAUGUGCAGAGCAAAACGAAUCAUCGGGCGUUCCACUACUCUUUCUGCAUUUGACUUGCACCCAUGGCUGGAUGGGAUGGUUGGAUCCGGGCUGGAGUGAAGCGGCACAACUUCGUGUGCUAGAGGGUCAAUGCCAUCUCCUGCGUCUCUUCCUCGACAAGCUGGCGUCCCGAGACCCCAAGACAUUUACCUUGCCGCCGGUGGGAGAUGGUGGCCCAUGCUCCAGCAUUUCUCGGACUCUGGGCGGUUUUCUCCUAUUCAUCCGAGAGAAUAUCCACAGAGUUGGCCCAGCAUCUGCCCAAGCUCUCUUGGACACAUUGGGGGCAUUUGAUGGAACUCCUGUUGAUCUAACCAAUAAGCUGCUCCUAAAUCUCGAUUGGAGAACUACGAGUAACUUGGUCGUGUCAUAUCUCAAGGUGUCGCUCUUCGAGCCCGCAGCUACCAUCAGCCCGAGAACUAAUCGUGUCCAAGUUGAAAUCUCCCUCGGUGACUGGGUAGAUGCGACUCGAAACAACCUCCAUGUGCUGAUCGCUGGUCAUGGCCCCGUCACCGAGGAUAAGUCAGGUGCCUCACACGUGCGAUUUGUGAGUUUGAUCACCAAAAACAGGGACAAAGACAUUUGCAGAUACACCCCCGACGAAAGCCAGGUGGACCAUCUUUCACACAUGGCCCAGGAGCUGCUCUACCUUCCAUUUAUACUUUCGGGCUAUAACGACGUAUACGACGAUACAUCGUAUAAAGCCUUUUACGAUAAGAUAAUAUGA